AUGCCUGCAUUAAGAUUUCAAGCGUGUCGUCUACUUCUAGGAAAUGUUCGGAACAGAGAACUUUCUCUAAUACAACGCAGCAUUCUCCGAAGAUUGAGGAACAAGAGGAGAUCAAUCCAAAUCAAUCUUUCUAGGAGAGAAAAUCGAAACUGUUACAUUAAAUCACAAACAACACGAAAGUUGUCCCUUUAUUAUGGAGAUUUACCUACAAGGGGGCUUCUUCGGAGAGGAAGAGAACGAACUUCAUAUAUCCCUUUUCUACUCAAUCAAGAAACAAGAUCGGACGUGAUUCUGGUUCGUCUCCAUUUUAGUAAAACCAUUCCUCAAGCAAGGCAGCCGAUAAGUCAUCGAAAGGUUAGUUUGAAUAAUGGACAGGUCAGCAUAACAAGUUCUCAAGUUUCCCACGGUGAUCUAAUAUCUUUUCCAGAAACUAUAGCCGAAAUACAAAUAAGGAGAUCUUUCUAUAUCGACAUAUCAGUUGGCAAAAUAAUAGGGAAAUUCCUGCCGGUCAGAAUGUGGAGAAGAACCAAAACAGAAUGGUUCCGCUUACUCAAAACAAAGAGGGGGUGCCGUCUACUACUCCAAUCCGGGUUUUUGCAAGAGUUGCGUGAUUCUAUGCAAGAAGAAGACUUAGAAAGAACAAAGAAGUUUGGAUCCGCUAAAGUAUGCUUAGGCAGUUCCUUCGCUGAGCACAACAGAAUGAAGAAGAAUUUGUUUCAUUUCAAAUACUUUUUCUUAUUGAAGAGAAGGAAGGAGAAAAACCGAAAUCCUCCAACUCUUUCCAUAUGCGCUUUUGUUGACAAGUAUAAAGUAUAUUGUAAUUCGACCUAUUGCUCUGGAUCCCCUUUUACUAGGAAGAUAAGAAUCAAAAGGAUCGAACUACCUACUCAUUAUUCGGAGGUAAAUCAUAGAACACCAAAAGCUGUGGUAUCUUAUGGACCUAACUUAGGGAACAUCCCUCACGACAUAAGAUUGAAAGAUCCAAACCUUCCUCUUUAGAGCUGAUAAGUAAGAAAACGUGGCCAAAGCAUAUAAGCCCUCAUAGGGAAAUAUCCAUCCUGGGAGUAUAUCUCUCCUUAUAGAGAGGGUCUCCCUUUGGAUAGAAAUCAAUAUGUAAGACCGUCGCAGUCGACUAUAAGUAUCAGAUUGCUGGCCUGAGAGAAGGCAGUCUCUCUCGGGAAAACAUUGCCCAAUUUCUCUUCUUUCUUUUCACACAGGCGAAUAAAAGACACUAUGAACGAACAUGAGUUUCAAAUGCUCAAAGGGGAACACACUUUAGACAAAGGGAUUUGUUGUCAGGAGGAGUUUGGACUUUUCUUAGAAAGUCAAGCUCUUGACAAGUCCCAAGUGGAUUCAUAGGUCAUUAAUUCAUUCAUUCUUGUAAAGCUCUUGACAAGUCCCAAGUGGAUUCAUAGGUCAUUAAUUCAUUCAUUCUUCCUUUAAGUUCUCUUCGAUGUAUCGAUCAUGCAUUCCUAAACCACAUAAGCCGGGGGAGAUGCUACCCGCCCCGCAGACAUCAUUGUCAUGGAUGCAGCUUUUUCACAUAGUUUUUUAGGACAUCUUUCUAGGGUACUCCCAUUGGUUUCAAAAGAAAGGAAGGGUGCUAAGAGCCUGCUGCAAAUCAAAACUUACAGCUAACCACGCGACUACAUAUAGAGUGGCAUUUUCUAUUUGUUCAAAACUCUGUACCAUAACUCCAUUUCUCUUCUUCACACAAUUAGCUCUUUCUUUCUUG